AGGUGACGCGCGCCAUUUUGGCUCAAACAAAGUCAGAAACAUUUUAUAUCCUCGAUAAAGUAUUUUAAAUUGUAGCCAUUAAAAUGCAAUGUAAAAGUGUACAGGACGGAAUCUAGUUUCCAGGAGUUACAUAUAAUGCGUAUGUAACUUUUUUAUUGAUCUUACGACGCGUAAAGUAACGUUAAAAGUUGUUAUUGUGAGCUUCAGUGGCAGCCGAGCUGUCUUGACGUGUGCUGAUUUCAGCUUUGUGACUUGUGUUGUUAUUUGUGCGAUGGGAGGCUGCUCCGCUCCGAACUGCUCCAACUCAACCAGCAUCGGUAAACAGCUGUUCAGGUUCCCCAAAGAGCCGCUCCGCAAGAAGAAAUGGGUGGUGAACUGUCGACGGGACUUCGAGCCAACUCCUCACUCCAGACUCUGUCAGGAUCAUUUUGAGCAGAGCCAGUUUGAGGAGAUAGCCAGGUCUCCAGCAGGGGGCAAGAAGCUGAAGCCCAACGCCAUCCCCACUCUGUUCAGCAUCGGAGACCCUCCGUACCCAGCAGUCACCAUCCCAUACAUCCUGCUGCCCAUGAAACCUGAACCAGUGGAGAAAGAGCUGAAUUUCGGGGACCACGGCUAUGCGAGACGCACCCCUCUGCCGGGUCUGGAGGGAGAAGAUGGAGACAGGACUGCAGAGGAGCAGCCGCCCUGCACGCAGUGUCACCUCCUCAAGAAACAGCUGGAGCAGGAGAUGCAGCACACUGCAAGGCUGCAGAAGGAGGCCGAGGAGAUGAAGAAGCGUUUGUACCGGCUCGACCGCAUCGAGAAGGGUCUCCAGAACUUCCUGUACGAGGACCAGAUCCGCGCCCUGUCCCUCACCAAACGCUCCCGCCGUGCCGUCUGGUCUCCAGAGACCAUCCUGAAGGCCCGGAAGAUCCGCUGUGCAGUUGGCACAAAAGGCUACGAGUACCUGAGAGAGCUGGGGUACCCUCUGCCCUCCUACAGGACUCUGUGUAACCGCCUGGAGACUAAGAUCAUGGUGACGACUGACAUGAGCUGUGAGGAGCUGGCCGAGCUGGGCCUGGGUCUCAUGGCCACCUGUGACAGUCCCACAGAAGGAGUUGGGGACAACGAUGAGGAGGAACUCAUAGGGGUUUUGUCCUGAUCGCUGCAGUUUGGCAUGAAUUACUGAAUCUAACCAAAGGGAAGUAUAUACACAGUGUACCAGAAGAUGGCCACAUUAUGCUACUUAUCUCAUCUAUCAAAGACUUCAGCAUCAAUAUAAGUGUAUGUAGCACUACGACAUGGCUGUGCUCAAAUGAUGUAAGAUGCAGGGGCUUGCAGCUAGCUGGGGGUUAUGGCGUUUCCUAUCAUAAAGAUGCUAAGCUACGGUAUGAGCUGCUGCAUGUGAGGAGAUGCACAAUGUAGCCUGUAACUAAGACUGCAUUCACAUUAAAUUAGCUUCGUGUGGUGUGUGAGUGUCACUUAAAUGGCCCAUUUGUAUGACACCAUGUUGUGAACUUUAACCCCCAAAUGUAGCACAAGUGGACUAUUAAUUUCAUCUCAAUAUAUAUAUUCAGGCCUUGACAGUUACAGUUGCCAGGUUGGUAUUGGCAGCUCAUUUUAUAAAUUGGCAACUAUUUCUUGACGUUGACUUUCUAACUUAUUCAAAGUAGAUUGUGAUGUGACCCACUAGAUGGCAUUCUUGGUUUAAUGAAAAAGGCUUGAGAAAGGCUAAUUCAGUGUGCUUUUAACCCUUUGUUGGACAGAGAGCGCCAUCUAGUGGGCUCAGAAAAUAUAGAAAAUGGUUCAUGAAGCUUCAUUUGGACACCAAUAAAAAUAGGAUAAUAGUAUAGUGUUAUAUCAGGUUAGAUUUCCAUUUAUUGUCACUAAAAGCAUUUCUUGUUUUUUCAAUUCCACCUUUCAACCCAAAGAAACAUUCAACUUAUUUUUUUUUUUGGUGUUCCAACUUGUGAUGUCCAAAUGAAGCUUCAUGAACCAUUAGAUGUACUUGUUGAUCCCACUAGAUGGCGUUCUUGGUUUAUCGAAUAAGGCUUAUGAAAGGCUAAUUCAGAGUGAUUUUAACCCUUUGUUGGACAGAAAGCGCCAUCUAGUGGGCUCAAAAAAUAUAGAAAAUGGUUCAUGAAGCUUCAUUUGGACAUCACUAAAAAUAGGGAUAAAACAUGCACCCCAAAAUAAUUCAAUUUUAAUGUUUGUGCUUUAGUAACUGUUAAACAUUGCUGUAAGAGUCAGAUCUGGAACUAUGGCACCUUAAGGCAAUACAUCCAGAAAUUGUCAAAAUGUUUUUAAAUAAACUAAAAAUGUGAAACAUAUGAUAGAGCUAAGGGAAAGGGAGGGAAUCACAUAAAUGAUUAAAAUUCUUCUGGGAACCAUGAAUGCACGGAAUUUCAUGGCAAUAUAUGUAAUUGUUGAGAUAUUUCAGUCUGAAAUAGGAUAAUAGUAUAGAGUUAUAUCAGGUUAAAUUUCCAUUUAUUAUCACUAAGAGCAUUUCUUGUUUUUCGAUUCCACAUUUCAACCCAAAGAAACAUUGAACUUUUUCUUUUUGGGUGUUCCAACUUGUGAUGUCCAAAUGAAGCUUCAUGAACCAUUAGUUGUAUUUGUUGACCCCACUAGAUGGCGUUCUUGGGUUAAUGGCAAAGGCUCAAGAAAGGCUAAUUCAGUGUGCUUUUAACCCUUUGUUGGACAGAGAGCACCAUCUAGUGGGCUCAGAAAAUAUAGAAAAUGGUUCAUGAAGCUUCAUGUGAACAUCACUAGUGCCAACCACCGCAGCCCAAACUCAAAUGAAACCACUACUAAAAUGAAUGGGAGGAGUGGCCUUUUCAUAGGCACCACCUGAAAUGGUGUGAAUGCAGAAUGCAGCCUAAGAAGACUUCCACUGAAUGUGGAAUUGUGUGAAAAGUGUAGACAUAAUUUGCAAAGAAUGUCUACUCUGUUGCUUAUGUGUGUUUACAGCUAAUUUAACGUGUUUCACUGACGAUGUUUACCUGCAAAAUAAAACCCUGGUCGCAUUCAGGACACUCGAAUAGAUAAACUCAUAUCCUGGGUUUAGUAGCUUGAAUGUUUCUGAUACUAUGAGCAUUAUGGUAUGUAAAUAUGUUACACUAUAAAUUGUUUCCUGUACAUAAGGCAAGCUUUAUUUUUUUGUUAGAAUUUACCCAAAGUAUUUAUCAUGUGUUGGUGUGUAGCACACAACCAGGACAAAAGUGAGUGUCUAGAUAAAUGUUUGCGUUUUAACUUUAGCGGUGGGAUUUUCAAACUGUGCUAUUUGAAUUUACUUCUUCUACAAAUGUUUCAAACACUGUCAGCUAAAUUAGUGUUGAGAUCCUUAAUUCAUGUAGCCUAUUUUGAGCUCAUAUUCCAAGCUGAAAUUUCUGCUGUUUUUUGGUAACACAUUUUUAUAAUUUUUAGGGAGCACACCCUAAGAUGUGAAGUCAACAAGUAAACCCUCCACUGGUAAAUAACCAAUAUUCUACAUUAAAUAAAUUGUACAUUUUGGACAGUGGAGUAACUACAAAGUGUAUCAAUAAAAAAGCUCAGGCUUAUCAUGUCAUUCAAUAUCAGCAACAACACUGGCACUGUGAGAAAUAAAAGUGAUUGUCAAGAA